ACAGCAUCACCCCCCUCUUUCCCCUUCCUUUUCUUUCUUUCUUUUUUUUUUUUUUUGUGAGGACUGAGGUGACGUAAGUAUGGCAGUGGAGAGUCAGGUGAUGUAUACUAUAAGCGAAGGGAGCUGUCCUGGUGCUGAAAACAGUCCAUAAACUCGCAGGACAGAUCACCAAGACCAUGCUUUAGGUUGCUUCUGCAUCCAGGAAACAUUUCAAAAUGGCUGAUGUUAAAACCUCCUGGCUUGAAAAAGUCCUGCCUCUCGCCCUACUUUUUGGGCUGAUUUGUUAUGCUGAUGCUGCUUCAUUUCAACGUUACCAAAACAUCCAGAAAGAGCCAGACUACCUAAUGAAAAACUUGCAAAGGCUUCCAAGCCCAGAUAUGAUCAAAGCUCUGGAAUAUAUUGAAAAUCUUCGAAAACAAACUAGCAGUGGAGAAACAAGCCCAGAUUAUAACUCCUACCAAGGUGCCCCUUAUGUUCUGCAGUCGAAAGAAAGUAAAGAUCAGCAUUACAUACCAGACAAUCUAAGAAAAUCUAUGUCAGAAGAUGAGUCAGAGUGGAUUAAGGCAAUGCUGGAAGCCCUAAGACAAGGAGAAAAAGAAUCUACGAAUGUCUUAAAAGAAAACAAACCCUAUCCUAUAAAUUCUGACAAUGCCUUCCUAGAUGAAAUGACUGAGGAUUAUGAUGAUCAUUCUUGGCCAGCUAUGUGGCAUAAACAUUCUAAGAUGCCCCAAAGAUACCUUGAAGAAAAUUCAAGAAAUAACCCUUAUAAGCGGACAAAUGAAAUAGUGGAAGAACAGUACACACCCCAAAGCCUCGCUACUUUAGAAUCAGUAUUUCAAGAGCUGGGAAAGAUGAUGGGGUCAAAAAACCUAAAAAAGGAGAGGCUAGAUGAGGAACAAAAAUUGUAUGCAGAUGAUGAAGAGGAUUCCUAUAAAGGAAAUAAUAUUGCUUAUGAAGAUGUGGUUGGUGGAGAGGACUGGAAUCCAAUAGAGGAAAAAGUGGAAAGUCAAACCCAAGAAGAAAUAAGAGACAGUAAAGAGCAAAUUGAGAAGAAUGAAGAAGAAAUUGAUGAUGCGAUAAAAAGAUCUGGUGACCUGGAGGAUGAUAUGAACAGAGAUGACAAAGAUCAAGUGUCAGAUGAUGUCUCAAAGUUAAUGGAUUAUUAUUUGAAAAAGAUGAUGAACAGUGCUGGAAACGACAAUUUAAGGAUCAAACAAAAUGAAGACAAAAGGGCAACCAGGCAUUUUGUAAAGCAACCAGAUCCUAAGGCUAUUUAUCAGUUAAUAGAAAUUUCAAGGAAUUUACAAAUCCCUCCUGAGGAUUUAAUUGAGAUGCUGAGGGCUGGAGAGAAAUAUCCAAAUGAAAAAGAACAAGAGCCUGAACUCCCAGAUGAUACUGAUGAGAUCCCUGAAAUCAAUUUAGAUAAUUCAAAUGUAUUCAAAAAUAAGAUGAAUUCUUUAAAUGGUUAUAGUAAGCAGCGACUUAAUUUUAUGCCAGAUAACCUGCCAGAUGAUCUCAACAUUGAAGAUAUUAUCAAUCUUUUAGGGACUGAAAAUGUGGCCAGUGAGAAACUCCCUUAUCCUGUAAAUCAGUUCAGCCAAGAAAAUGGUCUGCCAAGAGUGUCCUACAUGCCUGUCAGAUCUAAAGGACACCAGUUCCCCAAACCUGCUUGGCUUAACCAUUUGGAAAGACGACAGAUGGAGCAGGAAUCACUAAAUGAAAAGGAAGAAGACUUGGCAGACUACUUGGCUAAAGUGCUGGCAAAAUAUCCAGAUGUGAUUAAGUCAGAGCAGGUGAAACAAAUCCCACUAGCAGUUUCAUCUGAGGAUGAUAUGCAAGAAGAUGAGCAAUUUGAGCAGGCCAUCAAAGAGCAUCUAAACCAACUGGGAGCUCAAGAAUCAGACAAACUCACUUCACUUAGCAAGAGGGUGCCAAUGGCCCAUGAAGAUGAUGACACACAAAACAGACCAUACAUGGAUGAGGAAAUGCUAGCGAAGGUUCUCGAGUACCUGAACCAAGAGAAGUCUGAAAAAGGAAGAGACCACAUUAACAAAAGGGCGAUGGAAAAUAUGUAGUUAUUUCAGUAUUAAUUAUCUUCAUUGGAUUGAUUUCUACCCCCGUUCAGUUGUGAUUUAUUUUUUUUAAGAAUAUGAGGCAUGUUCAGACAUUACACUUAGUGGCUUUAUGCACGUAGGAGUUCUGGCACUUGCAUUUGCAUGAGUAAAGUAUAUAUGAAAGACAAGCUCACAGAUCUCAACUGUAUCUGUUUCUGUGAUCUCCUUUAUCCAUAUGUAUAUCUAUAGAUAUAGAUAGAAAUGGGGAAAAUCAGAGACUACAGGGAUUCCCAGAGCUGAGAUCUGUGAGUCCCCACCAAACAUCCUGUCUUCCUCAUGCAAAUGAGCAUGCCAAGAAGAUUCCUGAAGAUGCACAAAGUGGCCCUGUUCUGUGUCUUGACUGGUUCCAGUGGUAGAUGAUUUGGCAUGGAACAGUCUGCAUAAACUCCUCUGAGCUGUUCUGUUAUUAAUGGAUAUCUUUAAAUGUUCUAAAUCUUGGUCAAGUAACAAAUUGCUUCAAUUUUUUUAAGAAACAGAUUUAAGAAAACAAAGUGAAACUAAGUAAAGCAGUGACCAUGAUAGACCAUGAUAGAAGCGGACUGACAUCUAUAAUAUAUGAGGUUUUUUAAAUUAAUUGAAAUAUUUUGUUAUUGUCUGUGGUGUUUUUGUGGAGUACUGAAUAAAAAAUAAAGCAUUAUAUAUAUAUAUAUAUUAUAUAUAGUUUUAUUU